AUGUCAGACCCCGAGUUGGCCACGUUGCGGGACUUUUUGGACAAGAAUUUGGCUCGGGGUUUUAUUCGGCCCUCGUCCUUGCCAGUGUCUGCACCCGUGCUCUUUGUCAAGAAGAAGUCCGGUAAAUUGCGGCUUUGCUGUGAUUACAGGAAAUUAAAUGCCAUCACGGUGCGCAACCGAUACCCGCUGUCCCUCAUCCCCGAACUCUUGGACCGGCUCCGGGAGGCAAAGAUCUUCACGAAACUGGACUUGCGUGGAGCUUACAACCUUGUCAGAGUUCGGUCGGGUGCUGAGUGGAAGAUGGCGUUUGGUACUCGGUACGGGCACUCUGAGUACACGGUGAUGCCAUUUGGCCUGACCAACGCCCCUGCCGUCUUUCAGCAUUUUAUGAACGACAUUUUCCAGGACUUGUUAGAUCAGUUUGUCGUGAUUUACUUGGACGACAGCCUGAUCUACUCCCCGUCGUGAGAGGUGCACCAUCAGCAUCUCCGUCAGGUCCUGCAGUGGCUCCGAGAACAUCGGCUGUACGCCAAACUGGAGAAGUGCCAGUUCUACCACAUGACUAUCGAGUUCCUGGGUCACCGCAUUUCUCCUGAGGGCAUCGCCAUGGAGCCGAGUAAGGUUGAGUCUCUGCAUAGUUGGCAACCCCCAUGUCGCGUGAAGGAUGUCCAGCGACUUCUUGGGUUCGCCAACUAUUAUCGGACUUUCAUCCCCGGGUUUGCUACCAUGACAGCCCCCCUUACUCGGCUCCUGCAGAAAAAGACU